AUGAAGACAGCAGGUGUGUAUGUUUCCUGCGGGAAUCUGUUCUGGGCAAAUGUUCGUGCCUUGACCUGUGCAAAAGUGCCCAUCAAUGCUGCCAGCUUGCAGAAGAUCCGGCAAACCUUUUUUCAACAAGGGCCAGAAAAGCUAGGCCUGGAAGUGGUCGUGGGCCUGCCAAAGAACUGCGACCAGGCCAAGUUUACGUCUCUUCAAGGCAACUUGCUCCGCAUCUCGCCCGAGGAGGUAGACCACGCCUUGAUCUUGCAUGUGGCUGCCCGGAUCACGGCGGGAGCCAGCGAAGCGGAGUUGCUGGCUUGGCGCACGGUCUUCCUGUCCAUCUCCCUGCGGUGUGAGAUCAUCGAGACCAAGGAGGCUGCCUUCUUCAGACAGCUGCAGCUGCGGCAGCGCUUCAUUGCUACCUACGAGGCGUGCGCACGGUCGACCGUGCAGACAAUCUUCGAGAUUGCUGCAUUGAAAGAAAGCCACGAGACGCUGCGCACGUCCUCAUUGGCCAGGUCGGAGCUAGCGGAGCUGUGGGUGAAGAAGACCUACGACCUCCAGGAUGAGGACGACAUGGAAAAGUCAGCCUUCGAGUUCGUGGAUAGCGCCAUGAAGGUGUACGAGCGGAUGCUCUCUGAUGGCGACCUGUUCAUGAAAAUUCACGCCAUGGAGCUCAAGUUCGGUAAGAAAAGUUGCUGGAGACACAUGAGCACUCUGGAAGCGGUGGUCAUGAAGUGCAAGAAGAAAUCCGAGAUGCUCUGGGUUUUGGCAACAAUCGAAGACCUGUUGCUUCGUGGUGAGGCCUCCAACACGCAGUUUUCGAGCCGCAGCUUGAAAGGGGCCAGAACGGGCGGUGGCUCCCGAGGGUUGAUGGAUGAAUGGCUUGCCAAACGCAGUAUCUUGGAUUGGGUCCUGGCCGAUGCCGGGACCCAUGGACUGCCCUCUGACAUGUGCCUGUCCCUGCAGAAGAUCUUCGCGUCCCAUGCCGAUGUUCGGGCGAAGUUCUGCGGCGACGCCGACUUGUCGUGGCUGGGGCAGCUCCAUGAAGUGGAGCGCCUGCUCAUCGACUUCUUGAGGAAGGUCGUGUUUGGGUCCCAGUACGACGGCAAUCUUCGCAAUGUUCUCAAGGGCGCGACGAAGGCCGAGGACCUGCUUGCCAGCGAGCCUUUUAAGGCGCUGCUGGAUCGCAUCCACGAGGAGCUGGCCAAGAUGGUCCUGGCGGGCAACGACGAAGCGGACGAAGAAGAUGCGUCUGAGGCAGGCCGGCCGGUUCUGCAUGAGGUCCUUGGAGAGAUUCUUGCAGAGGACGGCUCUGAUGCGGCGGCUGAGCUGAUGACCUUGGCCAAGCAGGCGGAGGAGCUCGUGGACCAGUUCGUCAAGCUGGUCGUCGAGCAAGACUCCAACGUGGCCAUGGUGGCGGUCAUGCAAAGCUGCCCUGCAUCCCAGACACCCAAGCGCGCCAUCUUGAUCUACGACAGCAAGUGCGCAGGCGAGGCGACAGCGCAGCCGCAUGUCAGAAGGCCCCAAUUCCGCCGGGACCAUUUCGGCAAAGUGCUGAACGCAUUCUGCCAGAGCCGCGGGGCGGACCAGCUCUCGGAGAAUGACCUGCUGCUCUUUUUCGACGGCGGCCGGCAGCUGGCGCCCAUGAUGUUGUCGUGCUGCGUGAGGCAGGGCGGCGAUGAACAUCAUGGCCGGCACUUCGACAACAAGACACGCGUGGAGCUCAUGAUCCACUAUGAUGAGAAGACGCGAGCAGUCUACUCGGGCACAAGCCUUGGAUCAUCCAUUGGUCCAGUUAAACUGGAUGCCUUGGACGCAGAUGCAGAGGACGUUUGGCUGCUGUCGAAGGCGGACAAGGACCAGGUCUACGGCGCCGCAGGCAAGGUCCUCAGCGGAGGCGGACUUGCCGACUGCCCCGACC